UAAUAUUAUUCUCAGAGUCACCAUGACAAACUAUCACUAUGGACUCUUUGCAAUAGUUUUCGUUACUAGCGCGAUUUUGUUUCCAUUUUCUCUUGCUUCUGUUGUUUCUACAGGGAACUUCAACAAGGAUUUCUUCAUCUCAUGGGCUCCAAAUCAUGUAAACACAUCAGCUGACGGCACGACAAGAACCCUAAAACUUGAUCAUGAAUCAGGUGCUUCUUUUGAUUCGAACAAUAUGUUCUUGUUCGGGCAAAUAGACAUGCAAAUUAAGCUAAUACAAGGUUAUUCAGCAGGCACUGUUGUAGCCUAUUAUCUUGCGUCUAAUUCACCAAAUCGAGACGAGAUAGACUUGGAGUUCCUAGGAAAUGUUACAGGGCAACCUUAUAUGCUUCAAACAAACAUAUACUCUGAUGGCUUCGGCGAUAGGGAAGAGAGGAUUUCUUUGUGGUUUGAUCCAUCAGCAGACUUCCAUACGUAUUCUAUUCUCUGGAACGUUUACCAAAUUGUGAUCAUGGUGGAUUGGGUCCCUAUUAGGGUUUACAGAAACCAUGCAGAUAAAGGAGUAGGGUUUCCAAGAUCACAACCAAUGAGCCUAAAAACAAGCUUAUGGAACGGCGAAGAUUGGGCAACAAGAGGAGGGAAGGAUAAAACCGAUUGGUCGAAGGCACCCUUUGUUGCUUCCUUCAUAAACUACAAGAUUGAUGCAUGUGUUUGGGGAGGAAAUCCAAGGUUUUGUAAGGCAGUUAGCUCUACUAAUUGGUGGAACAAAGAAAGAUUCAACACAUUAAAUUGGAAUCAAAGAAGGUUUUAUAAAUGGGUGAGGAAAUAUCACCUUCUUUAUGAUUAUUGCCAAGAUAAUAAGAGGUUCCAAGGCAAUCUUCCUAAGGAGUGCUCCCUUCCUAAAUAUUAAAAUUUCAUGGAAUAAUGUUGUGCAAAUUAUGAAUUUUCUUGCCAUUAAUUGUUAUGUAACAAAUACUUCGUACUAGCUAGUAAGCCAAAUAAGAGCAAUUGUGGUCAUAAACUCAAAUUAGUACGUAUCUUUAUUUUAUCUUUUAGAAGCGCGAAUGGAAACAUUUAUUUAAUUUAUAUGGAGUAUAUUUUCGAUAGUUUGUAUGUAGUGGUUUUUAUUCAUGAAGUUAUAGUAGGAACUGUAUCAAUAUGAAAAUUUUAUUUCAAUAUACAUUAUUCAAUUUCAUCCCAAUCAUGUUUUUUAGUUUUCCGAAUUGAUUAUGUAUGUGCCAACCUUGAA